GUGCAAACAUGUUUUGCUUUGGGCACACCGGUGGAAUUUGUGCUCCACUACCCAUGACCACCACCAGUGAUGUUGACAAAAGGCAUGCUAUAUAUGCCGGGGAAUGGUAGCUAGAAACAUAGGGAAUACAGUAGUAGUGGUUGAGAGGAGGAGACGACAAGAGAUUGGAGAGGAGAAGAGACGGGAAAGGACAGAGAAAGAUUUUAUACCUACCUUGCAAGCACCAGCCUAUUGCCUGUCAGGCUUCCGGAUUAAGAGAUACCUUUCUCCUGCGAUUACCGAACCCCAUCCGUUGCUUCAUUCCCUUUUCUUCUUCCCCUAUUUCCCCGUCGCAAUCAGCAAAAUGCCGCCGGUGCUGCUGCCAUCCCCACACGUCCGGUAGCGAGCGGUAGGCGCGGCCAAAAGGAUUCCUCGUGGCGUGGGCGCACGCACACGUUCCUGACGUGCAGCGAGAGCGAGAGCGCGAGUGGGAGGGCAUGAAGGACCUCGUCUCCUGCUUCAGCGAGCACGCCGUGCGGAUCUCCGACGUCGCCUGCUCCGGGUCCGCCGGCGCCAAUGCCGCGGCCGCUAAGGCGAAGCCCGCCGCCGAAGCCGGCGGCGUGGGCGUGGGCGGCGGGGCGGUGAUGAGCGUGGUGACCAGCGUGUACCGGUCGCGGCUCUCGGCGUCCGGGAAGGAGCUGCUCAUCGACGUCACGUGGUCGCGGUCGCCCGACGGGCCCGCGCUCGCCGUCGCCGUCCACGACGCCGGCGCCUCGCGCCAUCGUGCCGCCGCUGCCGCGGCAGCGCCGCGGCACCUGCACAGGAGGAAAGGGAGCGGCACGUUCACCGCGGGCAGCUGCGUGGUGGGGGUGUUCUGGGACUACGCGGCCGCACGCUACCACGGCGCCGGGGGGCCCGAGCCCGUGUCCGGGUUCUACGUGGCCGUGGUGGCUGACGCCGAGUUCGUGCUCCUGCUGGGCGACAUGAGCCGGGCUUACGUGGAGCGGCUGCACGGCGGGAUACCGGUCGCGGCGUCGCGGAUGGCGCGGCGGCGGGAGCGGUUCGUGGGCGGGUGCGGGUGCUGGUCCACCAAGGCGCGCCUCCUGGGGGAGUCCGGCGCGGAGCACGAGAUCGGCGUCGGGCUCGAAGGCGAAGGCGGCGGCGACGCGGAGGCGUCCGCGUUGUGGGUGACCGUGGACGGGCGGAAGGCGGUGCAGCUGCGGCGGCUCCGGCUCAACUUCCGCGGCAGCCACACGCUCUUCCUCGACGGCGGCGCGCCCGUGGACAUGACGUGGGACCUCCACGGCUGGCUCGACCACUCCACGUCUUCUUCCUCUUCCUCCGGCGCCGUGUUCACGUUCCACACAAGGGGCGCGUCCGACACGAUCAGGCUGUGGACGGACGACGACAGCGGCGGAGAUGACGGGCAGGAACACGAGAAGCCGCCGCUGGCGCCGUCGCCGGCGCGCGGCCAGCGGCAGAAGCAGGGAGGGGGGACGCCGCCGGGCCAGGGGUUCUGCCUGUUGAUUCAAGGUUUCAGAAGCUCCUCCUCCUCCUCCAAGACCACGACUUGAUCUGUACAUAUGGCAGAACACAUUUGGCCGUUCGUUUCACUUCUUCUUCUAGCUUGGGUGUGCUUGGGAUUUAGGUUCGAUGUUAGUGAUUGAUGCCGGAUGUUAAUUUGGUCCGAUACUUCAGAGUAGGGUGAAGCUGUGAAUGGUAGGUGCCGGAAGGGGGGGUUAAUUUGACUUUUUUUUCUCUCUCUCUCUCCGUUUUGAUUGAUGCGUCUGAUUUGAUAGUAGAUGACUGUAAUUGUGCUCUGGAUUUCAGAAAUUGAACAAAGGUUGCAACUCUUUCUUGAA